CAGAAGAGAUUGACAAGCUCACAGUGGAUGAAGAUUUGAAUGACAUAGAGCGAGCAGUCUACCUUCUCAGUUCUGGACAGGAUGUCCAGCGAGCCAGUGUGAUUAUCAACCUGCCAAACCUGGUGUGUCAGAACCCAGCAGAGACGUUCCGCAGGGUGGUGCCAAAAGUCAGGGAGGUUCUCCAUGUAGCCGGAGCGGAUAUGCAGCUUGCCGCAGCAGGGUCUUUCCUGACCAUCCUCCAAGAUGACAUUGUUCUCAUCCAGACACACACCCACUCAAUCUUGCAGAUAGUUCUUCUAAAUCUCGACCACAGGGAUACAGUGGUCAGCAAUGCUUGGUUGGAGACAUUGCUGUCAGCAAUUGAUUCUUUACCAAAGGAAACUAUCAGGCAAGAGAUUCUGAGUCCUAUGGUAUCGAAAGCUCAGCUCACUCAGUCUGUCCCAGCACGUUUGGCCAGCUGUCGCAUCCUUGGGAAGGUAACUGGAAAGUUCGAGUCAUCGAUAGUGAAGAAGGAUCUUCUGCCUUUGGUCAGGUCGUUGUGCCAGGACGUAGAGUACGAGGUGCGCUCCUGCAUGUGUCGCCAGCUGGAGAACAUCGCCAGGGGAAUUGGAGUGGACCUAACUAAGGUUGAAGUGCUCCCAGAACUGGUUGAGCUGGCCCAAGAUGAAAGCAGUACUGUGAUAUUGGCAGCCUUUGACACCAUCAUCAACCUCUUGGAGAUGUUUGACAGUGAUGACAGAACUUGUGUGAUAUUUCCCUUGGUGAAGGCAUUCUGUGAAAAGUGCUUCAAAGCGGAUGAAGCAGCACUGACCUCCUUGUCUUGUCAGUAUGGGAAGCUUUGCCAUGGCCUCUCAGACUCUUUCACUGAUGAGCAGCACCUCUGGUUUCUGGAAUUUUAUAAGAAAUUGUGCUGUCUGGGUCUGCAGCAUGAAAAUGGCCAUUGUGAGAGCCAGCCCUACCCACUGGAGCUGGAGAACAAAUACGCUCUGGUACGCAGGAACUGUGCCUACAACUUCCCUGCCAUGGUGUUAUUUGCUGAUCCAAACCACUUCUUGUCUGAAUUAUAUCACACCUUCUCAAGUCUCUGUCAUGAUCCAGAGAUUUCAGUACGGAAGACGGCAGCUGAGGGUUUCCAUGAGGUGGUGAAAUUGCUGGGCCCAAAUGUGCAUUACGUACACAAAGAGAUAAUUACUUUGCUGCAGGAUGAUUCAUUAGAGGUACUCGAUGCUCUGUUGAACAAUCUUCAGGAGACUUUGGAGAAGGCCACUUCCAGAGGGGAAGGAGCAGGACCUGAGAGCAAGCAGGUGAAUGUACCAGACUUGGUGCCUGCUCUGGUGGUGGCGGAACAGAAAGCAGCAUCAUCACUGCGCUGGCGGGUUCAUGAGAAACUUCUGCUGUGCUACUCUUGUCUGCCCCGUGUCAUCUCUGGAGACCAGAUCUACUUUCGCUUCCUUCCCAGAAUGUUCAGCAUCAUCACUACCAAUAAUGUUCUGCCAGUCCAACGGGAAGCUGCCAGAACAUUAUGUGUUUUCUUGCGUUAUAAUCGCAAACAGGAACAGCGGCAAGAGAUAAUCAGCAAAAUAGUGCAAGAGCUUGCUCAAGGUAGAAGCUAUUGGAACAGGCUGCGGUACCUGGAUCUGUGUGAGAUCAUAAUAGACCUCUUCUCCAAAUCAUAUUUUUGUAAACAUUUCCUUAUUCCAGCGCUCGAGUUGGUCAGUGACCCUGUGGCCAAUGUCAGGUACAAGAUAUGUUAUAUGCUGCCCAAACUGAGAUCUACCAUCAGACCGGCAGAAAAACGUCUGCUUCAGCAGCUUGAGUUCUGUUUGCGAAAAUUGUUAUGCUGCGAAAAGGACAAAGAUGUAGUGGCAACUUUGCACAGGAUAGUUCUGGAGGUAGACAAAAUGGACAUUACAGAGCAGUACCAUAAAACACAUGAAAGAGAGCUCUUGGAUCAGAAGAAGGAGAAGGAAGAGACUCUUUUACUUGAAAUGGAACGGCUAGAACGACAGCAGAGUGAGGUGAAACUAGUUGGUGAGAAACAUGGUGACAAGAAACGAAGAGACAGCAAGACUAGUCUUUCUGGUAGUAAAGGAAUGUCAGGAUCUACAUUAGGAGCAACAUCAUCCACUUCUACUGGUAAGGAGAUGCGGAGGGCCAAACUAUCUCGAAGUCGUUCCCUUAGCCAUCCCACGACACCCAAGAUGACAAACUCAGAAAAAACAUUAAAAGUGAAGGAUUCAGGAAGUUGCCCUGGAUCAGUAAAGAGCACUAUGCUACCAAUAAAUGAUGAUAGCCUGCGACCCCACCACUUCAAUGCUUCUUCAUCGAUCUCCUCCACCCCAUCCACCUCCUCCAUGCCUGUUCUGAUCCGCAGCAACACAAGCAGCUCUGUGGAUCACCGGAGUAAUGGGAGUAAAGACACACAGUCCAGGAAGCUCAGUGUACAACGGAAGUCAAAUUCAUUCGGAAUGCAGUCUGGGAGAGAGUGACUACCACUUUGCCUGGCAGUUUCUGACUUGAUGCAUAUAACUUUCCUUGUAAUUGGGCUUGAAGAAGGAGCUCAUGGCCCACUGGCAUCCAUUUUGCAGCAGCAUUAUCCCCCUUUUAAUGUGUCCUGUCUCCUUUAUACCAGAAACCGAAAGGUCUGCAUUGAUCCAUCUCUGCCUUAUUUCACAGAAAAAUACACCAAUUGUCAUAAAAUGAAAAUAAGUGUUGAGGAGUAAUUAAUGUAUUUAAUUUACUGCCUCAUUAUUUAGUUUCUUGUAUUAUAGCAUGCUGUGCAAAUUCUCUGUUUUAUAUUUUUGAAGUGGCUAAGAGAAAAUGAAGCACUAUGUAUUUUUAUGAUUGACGCCUCAGAGUUCUGGAGCUCUUCAUCCCAUUCUACCAAUGAGACUGUGCCUGGUGUUGCCUAGCACCUGACUUAUUAACGCCAACAUCUUAGUACCCAAUAAUUUCAAUUCAUGUUGAAUAUCAUGUGCUUUAAUGAGUUUCACUUCUCAAUGAGUUGAGAAGGCAAACAGAAGCACAAAGAAAGUUACUUGAAAAGAUGACAAGACAUGUAACACUAUACUUUGUGAGUUACACAUCAAUAAACCUCUUAAAUAAACCAUUUA